GCACCCCUGCUUUUGAGGCUGUGGUAUGAGCCUAUGUGGUAGGAAGGCGCUGACGUUGCUGAGCAGCGUGUUCGCUGUUUGCGGCCUCGGCCUGUUGGGGAUCGCCGUAAGCACCGACUACUGGCUGUACCUCGAGGAAGGUGUCAUCCUCCCCCUCAACCAGAGCACCGAGAUGCACAUGUCCCUCCACUCCGGACUCUGGAGGGUUUGCUUCCUGGCUGAAUCUCUGUUCUUUGUUUCAGGGGAAGUAAAAGGACGGUGUUUUACCAUUGAAUAUGUGAUGCCCGCUACUGUCCAGAUGACAUCCGAGUCCACAGUCAGCGUACUCAAGAUGAUUCGUUCUUCGACGCCCUUUCCUCUGGUCAGCCUCUUUUUCAUGUUCAUUGGUUUUGUGCUCAGUAACAUCGGCCAUAUUCGUCCACAUCGCACCAUCCUGGCCUUUGUUUCUGGAAUCUUCUUCAUCCUUUCAGGCCUCUCUCUGGUUGUUGGUUUGGUUUUGUACAUCUCCAACAUUAAUGAUGAAAUGCUGAACAGGACCAAAACAAACGAGGCUUACUUCAGCUACAAGUACGGCUGGUCCUUUGCCUUUGCAGCCAUUUCUUUCCUCCUCACAGAGACUGCAGGUGUCAUGUCAGUGUAUCUGUUCAUGAAGCGCUACACCGCAGAGGAAAUGUACAGACCUCACCAGGGCUUCUACCGGCCUCGCCUCAGCAACUGCUCGGAUUACUCCGGUCAGUUUCUCCAUCCAGACGCCUGGGCGGGUCGCGGCCGCAGCCCCUCCUCCAUCUCUUCUGAGGCGUCCCUCCAGAUGAAUUCCUCCAACUACCCUGCUCUUCUCAAAUGUCCAGAGUAUGAACAGAUGUCCUCUUCACCCUGCUGA